UCCACCCCGCUGCUUCUGGCUCCUGAUUGGCUGCCGCCGCGGACCCGGGGGCCCGGGGCCGCAUAAAUUCCCCCCGCCGGGUCCGGGUCCCGUUUUCCGACCUUCAUCACUCCUCUUCCUCAGCAUGACCGGCCGGGAGGAGCUCAGCGAGGACAAGCCCAGGGUUCGGAUGCUCUCCCCGGGGUUCGGCAUCGACAAGGCCCGGCUGCACGGCUCCGGGUUCCGGUCCAAAGGCUUCGCCAUCACCGACCUGCUGGGCCUGGAGUCGGACCUGGCGGCGCGGCAGCAGCCCUCCGGGCCGCCCGCCGCGGGCUCCGGGGCCGCCGCGGAGCCUCCGGGCCCGGCCGGCGGCCUCGGCGGCUUCUCGUUCCCGGGCGGGUCGCUGCCGCUCGGCCUGGGCUUCCUGUGCAGCCUGGCGGCGCAGCAGCCCGCCGGGGCGCCGUGCUUCCUGCCGGGACACCUGCCGCUGCUGCAGGCGCGGCCGGACGGCCACUACCUGCAGAACCUGGAGGCCCAGCGGGAGCAGUUCUCCGAUGAAGACUGUCUGUCGGACCGAAACGACUCGAAAAGCUCCGGAAACUCGCAGAAGAGGAAGAAGAGGAGACACCGCACCGUCUUCACCUCCCACCAGCUGGAGGAGCUGGAGAAGGCCUUCCAUGAGGCCCACUAUCCGGACGUUUAUGCCCGGGAGAUGUUGGCCAUGAAGACGGAGCUUCCGGAGGACCGGAUCCAGGUGUGGUUCCAGAACCGGCGGGCGAAGUGGCGGAAGCGUGAGAAGUGCUGGGGCCGCAGCAGCGUCAUGGCGGAGUACGGUCUGUACGGCGCCAUGGUCCGCCACUCCAUCCCGCUGCCGGAGUCCAUCCUCAACUCGGCCAAGAACGGCAUGAUGGGUUCCUGCGCCCCCUGGCUGCUCGGUGAGCCGCAUGCACGUAUGCACAAGAAGUCCCUGGAGAUGGCCAAGAAAUGCUCCAGCCCGCCGUCACCAGACCGGUUCUGCGACGCCCCGGAGCGGCGCGCCGAGGGGGCGGAGCUUCUUGGGGAGGAGACAGAGGAGGAAGAGGAGGAGGAGGAAGAGGCCAUCGACCUAUCCAGCUCCGCCAAACAGCCGCAGCACGAAGAGGGCGGGGCCUCUGCAAGGACCGCCCCCUCACCACAGCAGGGGAGCAGCGGCGAAUCAGAGGAACACAGCUGAAGGUGGGCGGGGCCUGCGCAGAGAGUAAUGUGAUUGGCUCUUCCUUCAUGAGGAAGCGUCAUCUGUUGCCAUGCCAACCUGCUGCAUGAAGGCAGAGUUUGUUUAUUAUGUGGCGGAAGUGAAGCAGGGCAGCCCCACCCACCCAGGAACCAAUCAGAGGGGAGUGGGCGGGGCUAGAGGAGAGGCUGAAGGUUCUGCAGAACCCGGAGAACUUCACUGGACCGGGUUGGACCCCAGAACUCCAGAACUCCAGGAUCCGUUUGGUUCUGUUCCCCAUUUUCUACCAGGAAAAUUCCUGUCUGUUCGUGUUUGGAGAUCAGAAUGUAAAAUACAAACUAUAUUUAUGUUUAUGGGUAUUGUUGUUCAAUGUCUGUACAGCCAUUGGUCACCAAAGUGAAAAAUAAACAUAAGAUAUUUUUGGAGCA